AUGAGAGGAUAUGGCGAUAAGCAGAGGUCGUUUCAAGAAACUUGCGACCUGUUCAAUGCAACAUUUAACGACCGGAAUCCAAUUUCAAAAUCGACAGUAGUAAGAACGAUUGAGCGUGUUAUCGAAACCGGAAGCGUAAAAGAUCGUCCACGCAGUGGACGACCUAGGACUGUUUUCGAUGACGAUAGCAAAAAUGAAAUUAGCAUAAGUGGCGUUCAUAAUCUUUUAAAACAUCAGAAGUUCCAUCCUUAUAAAUUACACCAUACUCAAGAGUUGCUUGGUCAAGAUUUAGAUCGGAGGAUGGAAUUUUGUGAGAAAAUUGAGGAACGCGGAAACGAUUUUGCAAGUAAAAUUAUUUUUACAGAUGAAGCUGCUUUUCAAAUCAAUGGAAAUGUGAAUCAUCAAAACUUUCGAUAUUGGAGCACUGAAAAUCCUCACUGGAUGAGAGAUGAUAAAACCCAAUAUCUCGCUAAAGCAAAUGUGUGGGCAGGAAUAAUAGGAGAGCAUUUAAUCGGGCCUUUUUUCUUUGCUGGAAAUCUCAACGCUGAAGCGUAUGAAAUUAUGCUAAUUCAGCAAAUUAUACCCGCUAUUAGAAACCUUUACCCUAAUGAUGAGUUCAAUCAAUUAUGGUUUCAGCAUGAUGGGGCACCGGCACAUUUUGCGUUGCGUGUACGGCGUGUUUUAGAUGAAAACUUCCCACAUAGAUGGAUAGGAAGACGUGGUACAAUUGAAUGGUUGCCAAGAUCCCCCGAUUUGACACCUCUCGAUUAUUUUCUGUGGGGCUACUUAAAAGAACGAGUUUACAAAACAAGACCUGUCAACAUUAAAGAUUUGAAGCAGCGAAUAACUAAUGAAAUGAAUACAAUAACUGUCGAAAUGUUGAGGAAUGUGAGAGACGCAUUUCCAUUACGACUAGCUCAUUGUCAAGCAGAGGAGGGCAGACAAUUUGAGCAUUUGUUAUAA